UCCUCGUAGUGAGAGAGGAAAAAGGAACAAGUUCGUACAAAGAGGAUUUACUCGCUUUUAACGGGUUUGGAACUAAUAACCGUCAGUGUAAGAAAUAAAAACCGGGGCUCCAGUGCUGCUUGAACGGAAAAACAGGACCUGAGAGAAGAUCAGUGUGGAUGAAGUCCACAGGACUAAACUGCUGAGUUCCCUGCUCAAGCUGUGUGAACUAUAGUUCCUAGUCAUUGUGCUAAUCUGUCAGAGACGUUUCAAACAUGCAGCAGUUGUUCCUGAGCACCUCAUAAGGGUUACCUGGACCAAUCUCAGUGCUAUUUACACAAGUUUCUUAUUGUCCUUGCACAAAGCCAAGCAAAAAUGUAUGGUAGUGCACGUUCAGUGGGCAAACCAGAGGGCAAUCAAAGCCCUGGCCGUUCACCAUGCCUGCCUCGCUCACCGCGCCUGGGCCACCGGCGCAACAACAGCAUGGGGGGAACCGGCAGCAAAACCCUUUCAAUGGAAAAUAUCCAAUCUCUCAACGCUGCCUAUGCCACCUCAGGCCCCACCUACCUAAGCGAUAAUGAACCGACUGUUCCUUUAACCGGUUUGGAUAUCCCCAAAAACACAAUGACCCUGGGCCGCUCAGGCACUCGACUUCCUUAUGGCACCCGCGCCACCGUCAUGGGCAGCAGUCCCAACAUCGCCAGCGACUCCAUCGCCUUCGGAGACCACCAUGUUCCUGCAGCCAUGGCAUCCACUGUGCCGCACUCGUUGCGCCAGGCACGCGACAACACCAUCAUGGACUUGCAGACACAGCUGAAGGAGGUGCUGCGUGAAAACGAGGUGCUGCGGAAAGAGUUGGAUGUGAGGGAAAGCAAACUUAGCUCGUCCAUGAAUUCCAUAAAGACGUUUUGGAGCCCCGAGCUGAAAAAGGAGCGGGCCUUGCGCAAGGAUGAGGUCUCCAAGAUGGCAGUCUGGAAGGAGCAGUACCGUGUGAUUCAGGAGGAGACACAGCACCUCCAGAUGACCAUCCAGGCCCUUCAGGAUGAGCUGCGUAUCCAGCGGGACCUGAACCAGCUGUUCCAGCAGGACGGCCCCGGCGCCAGGCCGGGAGAGCCGUUCACAGCCGAGCUCACGGAGGAGAACUUUUACCGACUGCACGGUGAGCACGAAAGGCAAGCCAAAGAACUCUUCCUCCUGAGGAAGACACUGGAGGAGAUGGAGCUCCGCAUCGACACGCAGAAGCAGACGCUCUGUGCCAGAGACGAGUCCAUCAAGAAGCUUCUGGAGAUGCUGCAGAGCAAAGGGCUGUCGGCCAAGGCCACCGAGGAAGAGCACGAACGCACGAGGCGCCUCGCUGAAGCCGAUAUGCACAUCCACCAUCUGGAGAGCCUGCUGGAGCAGAGGGACAAGGAGACCAGCGUCCUCAGGGAGGAGCUUCAUCGACGAUACGACGGAGCGCCCGAAUCUGCCAAAACCAGAGCCUUGCAGACAGUCAUCGAGAUGAAGGACUCUAAGAUCAGCUCACUGGAGCGCAGUGUGAGAGAACUGGAGGAUGAAGUUCACAUGUUGAAGUCUAAUGGAGCUUUGAGUACAGAGGAGAGGGAGGAGGAGAUGAAGCAGAUGGAGGUCUAUCGCAGUCACUCCAAGUUUAUGAAGAAUAAGGUAGAGCAGCUGAAGGAGGAGCUGGCUCAGAGUGAAGCCCAGUGCACGGAGCUGAGAAAGCGAUCGUCUGAGCUGCAGCAGGAAGUCUCUGCAAUUGACCAGGUGAAGCAGGACCUCUCCAGAAAGGACACAGAGCUCUUGGGCUUGCAGACCAAACUCGAGACACUCACCAAUCAGUUCUCAGACAGCAAACAGCACAUUGAGGUCCUCAAGGAAUCCCUAACUGCCAAAGAACAGCGAGCUGCCAUUCUACAGACAGAGGUGGAUGCUCUGCGUCUGCGUCUGGAGGAGAAGGAGGCAACGCUGAAUAAGAAGAGUAAGCAAAUCCAGGAGAUGUCUGAAGAGAAGGGCACGCUCAAUGGAGAAAUCCAUGACCUCAAAGACAUGCUGGACGUCAAGGAGCGCAAAGUCACUGUGCUGCAGAAAAAGAUUGAGAACCUGCUGGAGCAGUUGAAGGAUAAGGAGAAGCAGAUGAGUAGUUUGAAAGAGCGAGUCAAAUCUCUGCAGGCUGACACCUCCAACACUGACACAGCUCUCACUACACUGGAGGAAGCUCUGGCUGAGAAGGAACGCAUUAUUGAGCGUCUGAAGGAGCAGAGAGAUCGAGACGAGAGGGAGAGGGGUGAAGAACUGGAGACCACCAAGAAAGAUCUAAAGGAGCUGAAAGAGAAAGUCAACCUGCUCCAGGGAGAUCUUUCUGAUCGGGAGACGUCUUUGUUGGAUCUGAAGGAGCACGCUUCAUCACUGGCCUCGUCUGGUUUGAAGAAGGACUCCAAGCUGAAGAGCCUUGAGAUUUCUCUUGAGCAAAAGAAAGAAGAGUGCCUCAAAAUGGAGAAUCAGCUCAAGAAGGCUCAGACAGCAGCUGCAGAGGCUCAGGCAAACACAGAGCUGUCAGAGCGCAUCCGCACACUUGAGCAGGAGGUAAGCCGCUACAGAGAGGAUGCUGGGAAAGCCCAGACAGAAGUGGACCGUCUGCUGGAGAUCCUCAGAGAGAUGGAGAACGAGAAGAAUGAUAAAGACCGCAAGAUCAGUGAACUGGAGAGGCAGACGAAGGACCAGAGUAAGAAAGUGGCCACUCUUAAACACAAGGAGCAGGUGGAGAAGAACAGAAACGCUCAACUGAUGGAGGAGGCCCGCAAGCGAGAGGAUAAUAUCAACGAAAGCUCUCAGCAGACCAAGGACUCUCUGCAGCUGAAAGAUGAGCGUAUUGAGGAGCUUGAAGAGGCACUACGUGAGAGUGUUCAGAUCACUGCAGAGAGAGAGAUGGUCCUCGCACAGGAAGAGGCUGCCCGAACUCAUGCAGAGAAACAGAUGGAGGAGCUGCUAGCAGCCAUGGAGAAGGUGAAGCAGGAGCUGGAGUCGAUGAAGGCCAAGCUUUCGUCCACCCAGCAGUCCCUGGUUGAGAAGGAGGCCCACCUGACCACACUGCGAGCAGAGCGCAGGAAACACCUGGAGGAGGUUCUGGAGAUGAAGCAGGAAGCACUACUGGCAGCUAUCAGUGAGAAGGAUGCCAAUAUUGCACUACUGGAACUGUCCGCCUCCAAAAAGAAGAAGACUCAGGAUGAAGUGGCUCUUCUAAAGAGAGAGAAAGACAGACUGGUCCAUCAGCUCAAACAGCAGACACAGAACCGCAUGAAGCUGAUGGCCGACAACUACGAGGAUCUCAAGACUUCCUCACAUUCUGACCAGACCAAUCAUAAACCCUCUCCAGAUCAGAUUAUUCCCCCGCUCAUAGACCUCAAUCAGAACCGCAGCAAGCUAAAACUAUACAUUGGCCACCUAACAGCCCUUUGCCAUGAGAGAGACCCCCAUAUUCUGCAGGACCUGGCUCCACCCUCAGCUUACCACCGCAGCCAAAGAGAUGCCUGGGAGGAAGAGCUACAAAAGAUGAGCAUGGAAGAGCUGGAGUCGGAGCUGGAGCAGUGUGAACGGGAGAGCGCCGAGCUGCAGGAGUAUGCCAACUCGGUCCUGCAACAGAUCUCAGACCACUGCCCCGACAUUCUGGAGCAGGUCGUCAACGCGCUGGAGGAGUCCUGCUGAACACGCUUCGCUCUGCCCUGCUUUUCUUAUACGACAGAAAGAAUCCUGCCUCGUUUCACAGCCUGCCUCAUCGCUUCCCAACACAUUAAGAGCUCAAGGACACCAGAGUGCAUUCACACACACUUCCAGACGGCAACCGUGUGGAACAGGAAGGAGCCGAGCGUAAAGGGGGGAGAGCAUCCGCUUACAUAAGCGCAGGGACCGCCGAACGGGCCUCGGGGGGUCACUCGUCACUGCUUUAGCACCUGGGCCUCUCUCUUCUGAGUCUGUCUCUCAUCACCUACUCAUCUCUUCCUGUCCUUUCCAUCUGCUGGUUUACUGUACCCAGUCCCAGAUGUUUACAGCUCACUCACACACACAUAAACACAGGCUGGAGAAAGCCAAGAGGUGCAGUAUUAAGGAACAAAGAAAGAGGUGCUUUUUUCUGGGCUCACGCAUCCACAGGUCUCCUAAAUCUGCACAUGUGGUACAACACUGAGGGCUUGCAGAUGUAGGGUCACUGACAAGAUGUUACAUGUUACUCAUUUGGUGUUACUGUCAUUUGGGGUGAGUUGGUUCACUUCAAUCACUUGCUUUCAUUUAAAGCCAUGUGCGUCCAUUCAAGUCAUUAGGAUUUUUUAGGUGUUUAUUUCUAUAAAGCGCAAGAGGUCUGUCAUUAAAGCUUGAUACAUUACAGGUUCAAUCAGUAAUCGAGGCACACAUAAACAUGAUACAUAACCUAGCAACAGAACUCUCUUAAUACUCGCUUUAAUGCUGUUAGGAAAGGAAUGUUGUGAAUAUUUAUACUUCCGGUCCAGAAUAUAA